UCAAGAUCUCAGACUAACUCCAGACUCUCUGGAAAGACCUGAAAAUGGCUGUCCACUAAGUCACCAACCAACCUGUCAAAGGAUCUGCAGAGAAGAGUAUCAGACAAUCCUUAAAUCCAGGAUGACAUCGACUCCAUCCCCUCACAACCGGAGCAGGAGUGAGGAAGAAGAUGAUCCAGUGGACGGGAUGAUCUCCAGGACAGGCUGUGCUCAGCUGCACUAUUCUCUACAGGACUGUAUGGCUGAGCACCAGGACUGGAGGAAAUGUCAGACUGAGGUUCAGAAGUUUAAGGAGUGCAUGACCACCUACCAGAAAACUCGCAAAGAGCAGCUCCUGAAACAGAGGACUUCUGCCACACAAUCUGCCUGACACACAGGCCUCUGAGACAGUGCUACACAAUAAAACAUUAAUCUCGCUUUCCUGAAAAAAAAAAAGGUGUAGUGUGAAGAUUGUCUUUCAAAAGUGCAUUGAAAUUUUUCAUGAUAUAUGAAAGGUGUGAUUGUGUAGUACGUUUUUAAUGUAUGUUUAUAUGUUUAAAAAACAUGGUUACUACACUUUUACUUUAAUAAAACCAUGGUUAAUUUUCGUAA